AUGGCAGAUAAACCCACCGUCGACAACCCCGAGGUAGGAACACUAGAUACGUUUUUAUCGCAAAAUACGGCUGAAAAUACGGUAGAAAAUACGGGUCAAAACGAAAUAAACAGUACUAAACCUGAUAAAGCAAGCCCAGAAACGGACGAAAAUACUUUGUCUGUCUCGACAAACGACCCAUCCUCUCGUCCCAAAAGAUCAGUAAAACCCACCGAAAAGUCUAUCGAAAACAGGGUUCAAUCCGAUCAUUCAAAGCUCGACAAAUUCUGGCGAAACACGUCAACUGCUGUGGGCAAAUUGCAAGAAACACCCGAUUCGCUAAAUCAAAUCAAAUCCCAUACGUCAGAAGUACGUUCGCUAUUCCACGAGUACCACACCGUUUCUUUGUCGCUCUUAGAGUUUCUCGCUAACCUCAGCGACCCCAAACACCAAAAAGAAUACGAAACAUUGCAGAAACUCGUAAAUAAUCGUAGCGAGUACAUUCAUACAGUAAUAAACGAAGCAAACGAGCGGAAAAAGGAACUUUUGCUUGAAAUAAACUCUGCCCACCAUUCCCGAAUUUCCCGUAGUUCCCGCAGCUCCACAACGUCCUCCACCGCCGCUAGAGCUCUCGCAAGAGCUGAGGCUACAGCGGCACUAAAGAAGGUAGAAAUGCAAAAAUGGCGAUCAUUGCGAGAGUCCCAGUCUGCCAUAGAAAUACAACAACAAGAACUUGCCCUAGCCCAAAAGAAAAUGGAAGAGAAAUCCCGAAUGGAAAGUUUACUAUUAGAAGAAGAAGCAGCAGUCACCGUUGCUAAAGCUCAGGCAAUAGAUAAAGAACUGAGCCUCGUAGAUCAUCAAGAUCCUGAACACUUUGACCUACCCCAAGACGAUCCUGCGGAAAGGGUCCAAAACUAUAUAAAUUCGCAACGCUUCGAAGAAUCUAACAUUGGCCAAGACUCUAGUCCCCUGGUUCCAAAUCAUGUCAUCGGUCUACAACUCCCACAGAAUACCAACCAUCCUAUACGAGAAAAACCACCCAACCGAAGACUAGACCCGGCGGCCAACUCGUUUAUCCCUCAACCACAGAACUCUCGGACAGACCCCAGUACAAAUGCUAUAAGCUCUUACAUCCAAUUCAUGGCAACGCAGAGAGCUUAUCGCUAA